UCUUCCUAAGCUCCCCCUCUUUCCCGCCCCACCGGUUGUUUUCAUGGAGCAAAGCGCGUGCGCUGCCGGUUGGGCAGGAAGGAAGCUGCGCAGGCGUAUUGGCUGCUUUUGAACUAGACGAGCGCUGGGGUCCGAGGGUAACCUGGGCAGGUGGGAAGAGAGAAAUACUAACGUGGUUUACAGAACAAUAAAGGAUCAACAUAUAACAAUAAAAACUAUCAAUAAAAUAACAGUAACACAUCAGUAUCAGUCACAGUAGCCAGAGAUGCCAGGAGCCUGUAUUAAUAGUCAGAAAAAGCUUCGGUGAGGAGAACACAUCUCUGAAGUUCAGGAUUCACAAGUGGAUUGGAUCUGUUCAACGAUGAUGAAUGCAGAUAUGGAUGCUGUUGAGGCUGAAAAUCAGGUGGAAUUGGAAGAAAAAACACGACUUAUUAAUCAAGUUUUGGAACUGCAGCAUACACUUGAAGAUCUGUCUGCAAGAGUAGAUGCUGUUAAAGAAGAAAACCUGAAAUUGAAAUCAGAAAAUCAAGUUCUUGGACAAUAUAUAGAAAAUCUUAUGUCUGCCUCUAGUGUUUUUCAGACUACUGACACAAAAAGCAAACGGAAGUAAGGCACUGAUAACCAAACUCAUAUUGUAUUGCUGCUGCUGCUUUUGUUUAAUUUUUAAAUUGCUUAAGGCUACAUGACUUAACUUAGUUUGUAGCAUCAUUGAAUAUUUGAAGAUUUAAUGGCAAUUCUAGACAAUUUAAAAGUUUUUAAUGAACACCUGGACAGUGCCAGUCUGUAGCGUUAGCUUUUAACUAUGUUCAAAGGUAGUGUAGAUGAAAUAUUUAUUACCCAGUUUGAAGACAAGUGUUUUCAACUUGGCUUUUUUUGUUAAUCAUGUCAUAUGUUCCCAAGUACUUUAAAUAUCUAAGUUUUUAUAGUACUAUUCACUAGCAUAGUAAUACAGUGUUGUGUGGAGUGAUGUAAAAAUCCUUAUUUGGAAUGAGUUAUUUGCAUGACUUUCACUUGGUUCCAAAAAGUUUAACACUCCCCAUCCCCCACCUCCUCACUAGGGAGUUCUACGUUCUAUAUUCAGAUAAAAAUGCAAAAAAGCUUAAUUUUUUUAAUACUUUGAAAUUAUUUCAAAGAAUUGUAAAGGAUUUUAUAAUAUUACAUGAUUGCUUGCAGGACUGUAAAGGGGAGAAAAAGCACUGCAAUGCCAGACAAAACUCUUUGGAAAUGAUAAAUUAACUUUAAAAAACCCAGCAGCUGUGCUUUGAAAUAAUUGCACAGAUGGGGAGCCACAGAGGAGCCCUCACUAUGCUGUAGUCUUUUGAGCGUCCUUCCCUGUUUACAGAACAGCUAGUUGCAUGGUCAUUAGUGGUACAAGCUUAACAGAAGUAACCUUGUGAACAGUUGGUAGGUAUUUAAGAGUUUUCACUAAACAUGGAUGCAUAUUUUUCUGUGUAAUUCUCAUCAACUGCUGCUAGCCUUUAGCGGAAACAGAAGUUUUGCCUUUCAGGAUCAGAAUGAAGUUAGGGUUUUCAAAGUAUGAGACACACCUUUCAAAUACUAAAGAAACAUUAGCAGUUGUUGCAGAAGGGACCAAAUGCCUCUGAACCUAUCUGAUAUGGUCAUUCAGUUUGUAUAGGCUGAACAAGGCUUAUGGGAUACUGGCAUGAGCAAGCAACUAAAUUUCAUCCACGUAUGCAUAGCUGCAGCUUCAUCCCUUGAAAUGCACAUUGUGUGGACAAACUAUGACAUUUUCAGAGUUUUGAUAAAAAGUGUUGGUGUGACCAGAUAUUUCAGGUUUACAGCUUAGAUGGUUCAGCUGGUAAGGGACAGGACUAUGUAGAAUAAAAUAGCUUCUAGUUGGGGCAGUUGUAGCCUUGUUUGGAAUCUUCUUGCUGCUGCUUCCUUACUACUGUUUUAAGGGAGGACGAUUUGAUUUCUGUCCUAAGCAACAGGUCACUUUGCUACUUGUGAGUAGGCUGGUAAAUUUCUGUUUGAGAUUAUAUGCCCAGUAGAAGCUAGAGGUCAUCACAUAUUUAUCUUCAGUAUUCAUUGCUAUGUAGCAAAAGCCAUUGGGUGUCUUUGGAUUCCAGCUGUCAGUAUUAUAAGUAAUGGAAUCUACCUGCAGUAGCAGAACUAUUUGAGGCACUAGAUCCUAGCUAAAACAUCCCAUUACUGGGCAUACGUUAAUAAAUUUAUGUUUUAAUUUACAUUUAUCUAUCUGGCAUUGCAGGGAUUUAGAUAGUGUAAAAAUACUCCUAAGGUGAGUGAAGUGCAGGAUCAAGGCAAAAUUUAAACAGACCAGUAUGACCACUCCAGGGAAGUGGCUUUCUAACUUACCAUUUACAUAUUGAUUUGUUUGCCAAAGAACCUUUUUGUACAUGUUUCACAGUACAUGCUUGAUGGGGCAUACACAAGCCCAGUUUAUACAUUGUGUCAGUCACUCCAUAUGAAUGGAGUGCACUAUAAACCACCUGUGGCACUCCCAUGUACCUGUGCUUCAGAGAAGCUUGUUUCACAUUACUGCUUUUCUCAUUGAGGAAUUCCUGUGGCCAUUAGAACAUAGAUUGAAACAUACUGGUCUAGAGUCUUAACUAUAUUGUCAAUUUGUCAGGUGACAUGCACCUGGUGCUCCCAAUCAGCCUUGAGGGUGCCAAGCUCUGCUAGUGAAUUUAGAAAUUGGGGUUAAGGGUAAACCAACUCCACUAAUGCAGAGCUCCUUCAUUUCAGCUGAGUUUGUAAUGGCUCUAUAGGAACCUUCUAGUUGGACUUCCUUCCUCCCCUCCCCCGCUUCCAACGCCUUACUCAGGUGGAUGGAAUAUAGAAGGUGGCAAGAAAAAAACCUAAGGGUUUUUUGUUACUUUCAGCGAUGAAAGCUCCCUUAGUCUCUGUUGCAAGCAGACAUUCUAGACAAUGUACUUUUUCUUGCUGUUGAACCAUGGAGAAUUAACUCAAGUUUUUGUCCCUACCUCACAAUUUCUUGCAAUUCAGAAUUAAGUCUGGGAGGAGAUGGGAUUUAGAGAGAUAGGAAAACUGGUGUAUGAGUGAGCUGGCCCCCAAUGUAGGACAGGUCAGGAAAUCAGUAACAUGGUCAAAUGACUAGAAAUUUGAUCCCCCCUCCCGGAGCUUUGAUUAACUUUAGGGUGGGUAUGGGACACAGACUUUUUUCAGGAUUACUUGACAAGAGGAUGGGGCUUAGACAUCACUAUUACCUGCCUGUCCAAUAGCAGCUGAGGUUAGCUGGGAUUAUUUAGUACACAAGCAAGAGAUACACCCACCAAUCUUUUUGUAGAAACUUCUUCCCACACUUCAUCAUUGAACCAUGCAACUAGCGUUUGAGAAGGUGCCAUCUUAUGAUUGGGCAGAAGAUUGUUGAUAUAAUACUGAAUUUUGGUGUCCUAGAUAGGUGUUACUGUGAAGAAUUGUACUACUGUGGCCUUUGUUCAGCUAACAUUUGUGCUGUACUUUGGAACUUAAAUAAAAGCUUUCAAGUUUCUCUCA